AAAUGUUGGAGCUUUUUAAAUAAAAAUAUGUCUAGUAAGUUGUUACUUAAAGUUCAACAACGCCAUCUAUUUGUCGAAAAGUGUAAUGGCAAAAUAAUAGGUAUUGAUUAUUUUCAUUCUAUUUUCCAACUAAUCCUUAGAAACCCUAUCAAAAUGUUAUCAUAUUAAAUUAUUCAUUUAUAAACAAUAGAUGUAGACAUAGUAAAUUUUAUUCUUUAAAAAAAAUAAUUAUAGUAUUUUAAUAAUGAAACCAGAUAAAUCUGAAAACAGCCACAUUAACAACAAUGAACUGAGCAAUGAGUUAAAAAACCAUAUGUUUUGGAUAUUUGGCUACGGAUCAUUGAUAUGGAAAACUAAUUUUCCAUUCAUAAAAAAAUAUCCUGGAUACAUAAAAGGAUACACCAGGCGAUUUUAUCAGUUUAGCCCAGACCAUAGAGGAACCAAUGACUUACCUGGACGAGUAGUGACUCUUUUACCAUCAACUAAUGAAAGUCGAGUAUGGGGUAUAGCGUAUGCGAUUGAAAAUCGAGAUAUAGAUAACGUAUGUGCGGGGUUGGAUCUACGUGAACGUGCCGGUUAUACUAAGAAGGUUGUCCAAUUUCAUACAAAAACAAAUGAAAAUCAAAUACCAUCUGAAGUCACAGUGUAUAUAGCAGACGAAAACAAUGAGUGGUUUGCUGGUGAAGCAUCUAUUCAACAAAUAGCUUCCAGAAUAGCAAUAUGCAGUGGAACCAGUGGAUCAAAUCCGGAAUAUGUACAUAAAUUAGCAGCAGAAAUGAGGCGGAUAGCUCCUGAGGAAGAUGAUAAACAUUUAUUUGAACUUGAAAUAGCUCUGAAAAGCAUCGAAAAUAGUAAGGAAAAACAAAUACUUUAAUCAAAAAUAUAAGACAUUUUUAAUUGAUUCAUGUUUAUUUAUAUAUAAAAAAAAUUAUAUUUUAUUGUUAUAAAUACUAAAUUUGUAUAUAUAUAUAUAUUAUUUUAUUCAA